AUGCCCAUCCUCCAGCGCCUGCAACAGGCCACCAAGAUGAUGAGCCGCAGGAAAAUCCUGCUGCUGGUGCUGGGGUGCAGCACCGUGAGCCUCCUCAUCCACCAGGGCGCACAGCUCAGCUGGUACCCCAGGCUGUUCCCCCUGAGCUGCCCGCCCCUGCAGGACUCGCCGCCGCGCCCCAAGCACCUGACCGUGGCCUUCCUGAAGACGCACAAGACGGCGGGCACGACGGUGCAGAACAUCCUGUUCCGCUUCGCCGAGCGCCACAACCUGACGGUGGCGCUGCCGCACCCGCGCUGCGAGCACCAGUUCUGCUACCCGCGCAACUUCUCGGCGCGCUUCGUGCACCCGGCCACGCGGCCGCCGCACGUGCUGGCCAGCCACCUGCGCUUCGACCGCGCCGAGCUCGAGGGCCUCAUGCCGCCGGGCACCGUGUACGUCACCAUCCUGCGCGAGCCCGCCGCCAUGUUCGAGUCCCUGUUCACCUACUACAACCAGUACUGCCCGGCCUUCCGGCGCGUGCCCAACGCGUCGCUCGAGGCCUUCCUGCGCGCGCCCGAGGCCUACUACCGCGCGGGCGAGCACUUCGCCAUGUUCGCGCACAACACGCUGGCCUACGACCUGGGCGGCGACCCCGAGCGCAGCCCGCGCGCCGACCCCGCCUACCUGGCGGGCCUCAUCCGCCGCGUGGAGGAGGUCUUCUCGCUCGUCAUGAUCGCCGAGUACUUCGACGAGUCGCUCGUGCUGCUGCGGCGCCUGCUGGCCUGGGACCUGGACGACGUGCUCUACGCCAAGCUCAACGCGCGCGCCGCGGGCUCGCGCCUGGCCGCCGUCCCCGAGGCGCUGGCGCGGGCGGCGCGCGCCUGGAACGCGCUGGACGCCGCGCUGUACGCGCACUUCAACGCCAGCUUCUGGCGCCGCGUGGCGCGCGCCGGCCGCGCGUGCGUGGAGCGCGAGGCGCGCGAGCUGCGCGCGGCCCGCGAGCGCCUGCUGCGCCGCUGCUUCGGCGACGAGCCCGCGCUGCGGCCGGCCGCGCAGAUCCGCACCAAGCAGCUGCAGCCCUGGCAGCCCAGCCGCAAGGUGGACAUCAUGGGCUACGACCUGCCCGGCGGCAGCGGCGCCGGCCCGGCCAGCGAGGCCUGCCUCAAGCUGGCCAUGCCCGAGGUGCAGUACUCCAGCUACCUGCUGCGCAAGCAGAAGCGCCGGCUGGCCGCGCGGCCCCGGCCCGAGCCCGUCCUGGACCACCCGCCGCCGCCGCCGCCGAGGCCCAUCCGGGCGCUGCCCCGCGGCCCGCAAGGCCCCUGA